AUGGUUGAACACGCCAAACUCGCACGCGUUCGACAAGGCAACAUUGCGCGCUCACGACGACCUGACCGGGAUGCCAGCGACUCACGCUCCGAUUCUUCCGCCUCGACGUCGCCCGAGCGCGGCUUCGACGACGACAAGGACUCGAUUAUGCUGCAGUCCAACGACUCCCUCUCAUCGCUGGCGCCCUCAGUGUCGCCCGACUCGGAUGAUGAUGCCCGCCGCCGCGCCAUCGAAGAGCAGAACCGUGUCUCGCCCAUCUCGCGCCUGCCAGCCGAACUCAUGAUUGCCGUCUUCGCAAAACUCUCGUCCCCCGCCGACCUCAAGAACUGCAUGUUGGUGUCCAAGACGUGGGCCGGGAACAGCGUGGGCCUGCUAUGGCAUAGACCAUCAACAAACAAGUGGUCAAACGUCAAGAGCGUCAUCCACACCGUUCAGACUGUAAAUAGCUUCUUCGACUACAGCAGCCUGAUCAAACGCCUGAAUCUGUCCGCCCUGGGCAGUGAGGUCAGCGAUGGCACCCUGAAGCCGCUCUCAAGCUGCAAGCGUGUUGAGCGUUUGACUCUUACAAACUGCACCAAGCUGACGGAUCUGAGUCUGGAGGCCAUGCUGGAGGGAAACCGAUACAUACUCGCCCUGGACGUCUCCAACGUCGAAUCCAUCACCGACAAAACCAUGUACGCACUCGCCCAGCACGCAGUGCGUCUGCAGGGUCUCAACAUCACAAACUGCAAGAAGAUCACGGACGAGUCGCUUGAGGCGGUUGCCCAGAACUGUAGACAUCUGAAGCGUCUCAAGCUGAAUGGAUGUUCGCAACUCAGUGAUAGGAGUAUCAUUGCAUUUGCGAGAAACUGCCGCUACAUUCUCGAAAUCGACCUGCACGACUGCAAGAACCUCGACGACGCGUCCAUCACCACCCUCAUCACAGAAGGCCCCAACCUCCGCGAGCUACGCCUGGCCCACUGCUGGAAGAUCACCGACCAAGCAUUCCUGCGCCUGCCCGCAGAGGCCACCUACGACUGCCUGCGCAUCCUCGAUCUUACCGACUGCGGCGAAUUACAAGACUCCGGAGUACAAAAGAUAGUCUACGCUGCCCCUAGGCUCCGCAACUUGGUCCUUGCCAAGUGCCGCAACAUUACCGACCGAGCUGUCAUGGCCAUAACACGUCUGGGCAAGAACCUCCACUACAUUCACCUCGGACACUGCUCCCGCAUCACAGAUGUCGGUGUGGCCCAGCUGGUCAAGCUGUGCAAUCGCAUACGCUACAUCGAUCUUGCCUGCUGCACCGCUCUCACCGACGCUUCCGUCAUGCAACUAGCGGCGCUGCCAAAACUCAAGCGCAUUGGUCUGGUCAAAUGUGCGGCCAUCACCGACCGCAGCAUACUUGCACUUGCCAAGCCGAAACAGAUCGGCUCCUCCGGACCCAUUGCACCCAGUGUACUCGAGCGUGUGCAUCUUAGCUACUGUACCAACCUUUCCUUGGCCGGCAUCCACGCACUUCUAAACAACUGCCCACGCUUGACACAUCUCUCUCUUACAGGUGUUCAAGCUUUCCUCCGUGACGAACUACUUGCUUUCUGCCGCGAGGCACCGCCCGAAUUCAACGAACAUCAGCGCGACGUAUUCUGUGUUUUUAGCGGCAUGGGUGUCCAGCGCCUACGCAACUUCAUGAACUCCAGCGGUGGCGACGAUGUCGACCGCGACACGGACGCGUUCAAUGACGGCACGAUGUAUCACGACGAUGAAGACGGCGACAACAUGGUGGUGGUCACGGCACAGGCGAACAUCAUGGCCAUUGAUGAGGAAGACGAAUUCGGCAACGACAGCGAGAUGUUAGGUCAAGAUUAAAGAGUCUCUGUGCCGCGUCUGCCAGUUGGUGGCGUUAGGCUGUAGCGACAGCUACAGUUGUUGUCUUAGUAUUUGAGCGUUUUUUGCUGGAAGCUUUGGUCUUCUCAAUCGUUUCACCUGCAUGUACAUGGAGUUUGGGCUGGCGCUGUAAGCUAUCUCCCGCAUUGUUAGCGCCUGAAGCAUGUUCUCUCCCCUUUUCAGGCUAAAAGGAGAGUAUGGUAAUGGCAGGCCUUGGAGAGACGCUGUACUGCGACGAUUAUACCCUUUAUGUGUUUCCUAGGAGUUUUGUUCAGGCGGGAUAGAGGGGGUUAUAGGAUGGACGUAAACGGUGGGCAAAUAUGCAUCAAUGCCGCAUUGCCACUCAAUACAGAUUGGUUAUCUC